UAAAAGCGAUCCGCGGUCGGACUCGGAAAACGCAGACUGUGGAGCAUCUCCUUUUGUGUCCUUGAAUUUGAUCUUAAAAAAAAAAAAAGAAAAAGGACAGACGUUCAGAACAGCCCUUUCGCAUGUGUUGUUGUCUUAUGUGACUCUUAGUCUGGUCACAUGCUCUCUUAUUGCAGAUCACUGUUGCGCCUGUUCGUCACCUUUUACGCAAACUUGAACUUGGGUAUCCGGAGUCUCCUCUGUUGCGCACCGCGUCCCCUCCUCCCCUCCUCCUCUCUCCUCUCUCCCUCCUCCUCUGUUCCUCCUCCUCCUCCUGCAGGACCAACCCGAGCAGUAACGGGACACUUUCACCAUCAAACCUUCACCCGCCUCCGUCUCUUCUCAUGUCUGUGCGUCUUCCACCGGCAUGGAUGAUGCUGAUGCCACAGAGGUAUCCCAGGUGUUUUUUUUAAACAUGUGCCGGAUGGAAAUGCUUCUUCACCUCAAUGUUUGCUGUUGAAUGAUACGGAGGUGUCUACGGAGAACGACAGAAGGAUUUUUUUUUUUUUUUUUUUUCUCACAGCUUGCUCUGGAGACAAGUGCGGGGCUCAGGAUGACUCUAGCUUCAGACCGGGAUUACCCACUGAUCUGCUGCUGAUUCCUGAUGUGUCACCUAAGUCCAUCGCGGACGUCAAAUCCCACCCGCAAAACAAAUGUGACAACAGGUGUCCUGGCACGUUUCAGUCCUCUCGUAACUGGGUUUGUGCUAUGCUGGUUGGAAGCCAAAGCCAUAGUUCAUCCCUCAGCUUGAAAAAGAUUGAAAGCUGCAGCCAUUUCUUUGAGCAGAAAAGAUUUCCCAUGUGCAACAUUUCACUUAAGGCGCUAGAGGCUGCAAUACAGAAAGGGCUGCUGGGUCCUGAAACUGGAAACUAAAACCGGGUGCUUGCUGUAGUCGCCUUCUCUGUUUGUUGCAUGAGCUGCCCAUCCCGGAGCAGCGUGCUUUCCAGAUGCUGCCAUGCCCAUCAUCAGUAACGCCAACCAUGAUUUCAGCAAUUUGUCCGUCAGUGAUGACAGCAGUCUUGACCGCAUCUUCACUGAGAUCCCUGAAACUGAGACCAUCAAGGGUGUGUACUACCAGAGGGCUCAGUUCAUCCGUCGACCAGAGGAUCUGGUGUCCAUUGAUCAUGGACUGCUGGCGGUGAUAAACGUUGGAGGAAACCGUUACACCUUCCCGUGGAGCACUCUAGAGCAGUUCCCCCUAACGCGCCUCGGCCGCCUCUGUGGCUGCCGGUCACCUGAGGACAUCGCCAGAGUCUGCGAUGACUAUGACGAAGCCCGCAAAGAGUUCUUCUUUGACCGUUCGCCGUCUGCCUUCAGGGUGAUCCUCAACUUCCUGGCUGCAGGUAAACUGCGGCUGCUACGGGAAAUGUGCGUUCUCUCCCUUCACGAUGAGCUGACGUACUGGGGUGUGGAGAUGGCGUACAUGGAGCGCUGCUGUAAGAGGAAGAUGUAUACGCGCAUGGAGGAGGUGAACGAGCAGGAGCGGCGAGAGGAAGAACGCCGGCAGCGGAACGCCAUGCAACGUGUGCCGGUGGAGGAAACCAAGUACCGCAAGGUGAUGAACUGGCUCAGAGAUAUGGUGGAGAACCCACAGUCUGGCUUACCGGGCAAGAUCUUCGCUUGCAUGUCUGUGGUCAUGGUUGCCGUGACCGUCAUCAGCUUGUGCAUCAGCACCAUGCCCGACCUCAGAGAAGAAGAGGACAGGGGCGAGUGUUCCUCCAAGUGUUACAACAUGUUCAUCAUAGAGACGGUGUGCGUGGCCUGGUUCUCCCUGGAGUUCGUGUUGCGGUUCAUACAAGCCCGAAGCAAGCUGGACUUCAUGCGCGGACCGCUCAACAUCAUCGACGCCAUGGCCAUCCUGCCGUACUACGUCUCCCUGGUGGUGAACGAGGAGGAUCCGGCCCUAGACCACGAGAGGCCGGGGGGAGGUAAGGGCUACUUGGACAAGCUGGGCCUGGUGUUGAGGAUCCUGCGAGCGUUGAGGAUUCUUUACGUGAUGCGGCUGGCUCGCCACUCUCUGGGCCUGCAGACGCUGGGGCUGACGGUCAGGCGAAGCACGCGGGAGUUCGGCCUCCUCCUGCUUUUCCUCUGCGUAGCCGUCACACUCUUCUCCCCGCUCGUCCACUUGGCUGAGAGCGAGCUCACGGGCGCCCAUGACUUUAGCAGCAUCCCCGCCUCCUACUGGUGGGCCAUUAUCUCCAUGACGACAGUGGGCUACGGCGAUAUGGUGCCCAGGUCCAUCCCGGGGCAGGUCGUAGCUCUGAGCAGCAUCCUCAGCGGGAUCCUCAUCAUGGCCUUCCCUGCUACCUCCAUCUUCCACAUGUUUUCCCGUUCCUACCAGGAGCUCAAGAUGGAGCAUAACCGGUUGUUCAAAGAGGAAUGCGCUGCAGCCGCGGCCGCCGCUGCCACCGGGGAUCUGCAGGAAGUGGGAGGCGACGGAAGAGGAGUUGAAGGAGUAGAGGUCGCAGCUCCACCUGGUCUAGGAUUACGUGUGGACAAGGAUAAUAUGCACUCGCUGGAGUCUCUGGCUCUGUUAGGGAAAGGCGAAGUUGCAGGAAAUAACAACCACAACCUGCCAGCAGCCGCCUUCUGAACCGCAGUACUCUGACCGACUCAAUCCUUAACUUCCAAGAAGAUACAUUUUUGGUGUUGCGUACAACGACUGUGAAGUGGCCUCCCAUCCGAUGAGGUUUUUGGAGAUAUCUAUAUUCCAUUGGCAUACAGGAGAUUAAAUAAACAGCAUUUCUUUUACUUCUCAGCCCAUUUACUCUAUAUGUGCAACUUUAAGAGCACACUGUUGACUGCACAGGAACUCAGACUCAUUAAAGCCCUUUAAAUCGGACGGUCCAGUUGUUUCUGACUGAGCAGAAAGCCUCCGCAGCAAUAUUAGUAACCGGCUGCUUCCAUAAACAUGCAAUAUUCAAUCCAAAGUUGCUUUUCCUUCCACUGUGAAAAUACUUACAAA